UUGCCAGUCGGAUAAUUUUUGUUUAUUUUUCCAUAUUUUCUCCAUUAUACAUAACUUUCGUGUUAAAAACUAUGAAAUUUAAUGUAUUAGGUUCCUAUAAAUCAUUUUAAUCCCAAAACAUCGAGUCUAUAUUGUAUGGAUGCAACAUAUUUAUAACAGCAAGACUCAGUUUAGUUUCUAAGUGAUAUAGGUACGCAAAUAUUGAAGGAUUGUUUACUGCGUCUAUGUAAUUAUUUACUGGUCAACAAGUGUGUUAUAUGUGUCUGUCGUUCAAAGUCCUCAAACAGCUCCACAAAUGUUUUGGGACCAUGUAUACCGUAACCGACAAAUAAUGCAAGAGUUUGAGGAGGAGGAAGUACACAAAACUAGUGUUUCUGUGUUUGUUGCUCUGUUUUAUUUGGAAAUGUUAUAUAUUUUAAUAAUGACUCUUACGAUUCUAAAUAGAUUGAACCAAAGUUUAUCAUCCUAACCAUUGUAACAGCAGUCAAUAUGAGUGUACCACCUUGUAACCAGUUUCCUGAAAGGUUAUACCUUUCUAAAGGGGAUGAUGGCGAUGUUUAUGUGGAUAACUGUAGAAUUCUACGGAAAAAUCAAAUUGAUGGGUUAAGAGGCCUUUACAAAGUAUUUAAAAAGAAAAACCCAGGGGUCAUACUUAAUGAUGCAUCUAAUAGUGGCAAGACUGUGCUUGUUUCCUUAUUUAUUGCUUCUAUCCAGAGUUUAUUAGAUAACCCAGUGUUAAUUCUAUGCCAAGAAAAUCAUGAGAUUGAAUAUUGGAAAGAAAUAUUGUUAAAAUGGACUAAAUACACUGAAGAUGAUAUUUCCAUUAAUUCUACUAAUCCAUAUUUAAAAAAAAAUGUCUUUAUACAGUCAAUGGAUUUGAGUAAUUCUUACUAUCGACGUUGUUGGAGUGUCUUGAUAUUGAAGAAUGAUAAAAUGACUAAAGAAAUUGGCAAAAUGGUGUUUGAAGCAGAAUUCAGAAUAUGGAUUACUUCAAUGGAUGUGUUUAAAGAUCUUACCAUGCUCUUAAGUGUCAGUAAGUUCAUCAAUCCCAGCAUUACCAUCAACACUGCUGACUUUGAAAUAAGUAACAAAAAUAUCAGACAAAAGCUUAAAACUCUUGUCUUAUUAGACACUUUUACUAAAGAUUUGGUUGUAAGAACAGACCAUUUGAAAUCUAUUUUGAUGAAUACCAAUGUUACAAAUACAUCUGUCUCAAGUGCUAGUACUAAAAAGAACAAAGAUGCAUCAGGAACAAAGAUAAAGAAAUCAAAAAGAAAAGUCAAUGAUGAGGAACCUAGCAAAUGUAGUAAGAAAGCAGCGAAAAAAAUCAAAACGAAGUUUAUUGAUGAUGAUGAAGAUUCUCCUUCCCUAAUAAGUUUUACUUAUAAUAAAACUAUGGAAAUAAAUUUCACCCAAAACAACAUAGAGGAUGAUACAAAAGCAGAUGAAUUUACUAAUGAAAACAUUCAUAAUGAUCAUGAAAAUAUAACACACAAUGUGAAUGUACUUGAAACAAAUGCAGAUAUACCAAACGAUGAAGAUUCUACUCAAUCACUAACUGGUAUGAAUGAAAACUUAACGAAUAAUGAUAAUGAAAUAAUGUCAGAUAUAAAAGUGAACAAUAUUGAACAUGAGGAAAUGUCUUUUAAACAUACACAAAACAAUAUUAUUACAAGCAACAAAUUAAACAAUUCAAGAGCUAGCAAUGAAAUAGAAAUGCAUGAUGAAAUAUAUGAUAAAGAAACAAUUGAUUUAAAUGUUGAUACUUCACAAAUUAAACUAAACUAUACAGAGGAUGCAAAUAUGGAACAAGAUGAAGUUAAAACUAACACAGAAUUACAAAAUGAAAUAGUUAAGUCCGAUAGUGCUAGUGAAAUAUCCAAUGAAAUUGAAAUGACGAAUGAUAAAAGCCAUAAUUCAAUACCCAAUACCCAAGUAGCUGAAAAUAUUCAAGAUGCAAUUGAUAGGAAAAUCAAUGAUCUUGAAAUGAGGGCUUUAAUGAAAUUUAAAGGUUCAUUUUUAGAUAGUAUAUUCUAAAAAUUGGUUAAUGAAUUUUUACUCUUGAGUAUGAAAAUGUACUGCUUGUGUAAUGUAGAUUGUGAUGUUCUAGAUGUAAUAUUAUAGGAUUAUAUGUAUUAGUGUUUAAAAACAUAUUAUUUAUUGGUUUUGAAGUCAAUGCAAUAAAAAAGCUAAGCAAAAUUAACAAAAUCACUUAUAUCUCCUUCUUUUAAUUUAUGGAUUAAUCCGUCCAUACCAUAAUUUAACUUU